GCCUUGUCGAUGAAUAGUGAUCGCGAAACUGGCCAUCGGAAAAGGCGACGGUGACGGCGGUGCGGACGAAUAUCAUUCUACACGCGGGCACUCUCUGACUCCCCUCGAAGGGAACGGUGUGAAUUGUUGAUAUACGUGAUUUGCGAAACGCGCACCAGUCGGCGGUCAGUCGGCAGAAACGCGGUGGUCUCAUUCUUGGACGGCUCAGACGGCGUGGCAAGUUAGAUUCUGCGGGCUCGAAUUGAAAAAGGGAAAUUGUGGAACACAGUUGUGCAUUGCUCAAUAUAAUAAAUAUAAUAGAUCUUGGAAUGAGAAGUGUAAUGUUAGUAAGUGCAAAGUAGAUGCUGAAGCGCCGUUUUUUUGUUGAUGUUACAAGUGCUAUAUUCUACGGUUCAAUCGUUUCGAUCAUUACAAGCAACUCAUAUCGGAAAAAUAAUGGAAUGGUUUGCGUGAGAGCAGCAGCAGCAACAUUACUCAGCAAGUUUCCGCUCGGUUGAUUAAACCACCAGUAAUCAUCUCUAGCGUGACUGACUGAGUGCAAGAACAAAAACCACUAACUCAGUGAUCAAUCAAGGUUUUUAACGACAGUUGUACACGUCAUAUUGAUGUAAGAGCUCCAGCAGAUGGCGUAUCUGUCGGAUGUUGACCUUGCAACGUUGCAUCGAUCACGGUUGGAGGAACGGGUCCAUUACAAACUGUCCUCCUGGUGGCAGCGAUCCGCUACUGUUGAUGGUCCGCCGCCUAAACAAAUCCAAUCACAACACGGCACAAACGGUAUCGCUCCGUCUGCUCAAAAAUCUUCGGAUCAUUGGCCCAGCUGUUCGGCCAACAUGGAUGACAUAAUCAACAAUAACGACCGUGAGUUGGCCCCUUCGAUUCGGCGAGUUCAACAGUUGAAAAAAAUCUCCACCAGCACCUGCGAGAAGAACACUUCAGCUCGCCUCGAGGGUUCUAGACAAGUGUCGACCAAUCAUCGGGCCGGAGCCGGUAGGCAUCAUUCGAAUGUGCACGUGAUAAAGCAGCGCAAUCGAAGCAGCAACAGUUGUUCGUCUAGCAGUUGUACCAGCGUCGGUAGCAGUGGUAGCUCCAAUGCGACGGCCACCAGCAGCUACAAACAUGUGGAGUGGAGUGAUGACGAUUAUCUUAACGACGACGGGUACUUUUCGUCCGAGACGCGCCGCAGGAGAUCCGGCACGUGGCCGCGAACACGGAGUUUGAACGCGCCCUCACCGUUCCAACAGUUCGGACCAUGUGGUCGGAUUAUGAAAAACUCUGCCAUGGUGAUGCAAAUUCAGGAUCCCGCCAGCCAGCGACUGACCUGGUACAAGCCUCCGCUGGCGGUACUGGUGAUAAAGAAGGUUCGUGACUCAAAGGUGUUGCAGCCGUUCGUUGAGCUGGUCGAGUGGCUCAUCCACGAAAAGCACAUGGUCGUUUGGGUGGAGGGCGCGAUCCUGGAUGAUCCCCAGCUGACGGGGAACAAAAGCUUCACCAAAAUUCAGGAUAAACUCAUAACGUUCAAAGAUGGUCGAGACGACCUGACGGACAAGAUCGACUUCAUCAUCUGUCUCGGAGGUGACGGAACACUGCUCUAUGCGUCGCUACUGUUCCAAAAGUCGGUGCCACCGGUGAUGGCGUUUCACUUGGGAUCGCUGGGUUUUCUGACACCGUUUCAGUUCGAUAACUUUCAAGAGCAGGUCACGAAUGUUCUGGAAGGUCACGCCGCACUGACGCUGCGAAGCCGUUUGCGGUGUAUUAUUGUACGGAAGGAUAAGACGGAGCAGGAGAUUUCGACCUUCAAGUCGUCGCAGGAUCCCACCACUAACAUUUUAGUUCUCAACGAAGUGGUCAUCGAUCGCGGGCUGUCGUCGUACCUGAGCAAUAUCGAUCUGUUUCUGGAUGGAAAGCACAUUACAUCAGUGCAAGGUGAUGGUCUCAUUGUGUCCACUCCUACUGGUAGUACUGCUUACUCGGCAGCCGCGGGAGCCUCAAUGAUUCACCCUUCGGUGCCGGCAAUACUGGUGACACCUAUCUGUCCCCAUUCGCUCAGUUUCCGGCCAAUCGUUCUGCCGGCAGGCGUAGAGCUGAAGAUUGCUCUCUCUCCGGACAGUCGAAAUAGCUCGUGGGUUUCCUUUGACGGAAGAAAUCGCCAGGAAUUGCUACAUGGUGACAGCCUCCACGUGACGACGUCGAUCUACCCGGUGCCGAGUAUAUGCGCCCAGGACCAGAUAGCCGAUUGGUUCGACUCGCUGGCCGAGUGCCUGCACUGGAAUGUGCGCAAGCGGCAGAAGUGCCUGGACGAGCUGUCCGACCUGACCGGUUCGGGCACCGAGGAUAGCGCCAUUGAAGAAAUCGAACGGGGCAUGGAUAAUUUGGAAACCUAAGUGAGUCCCCACUUGCUCACGGUUGUUAGAGAGAGGGGGGCUCACUGUUGGCUACAUCUGCCGGCGUAGAUUGUACCUGUGAGAGGAGUGGUGUUGGGUUGUUGGAAAAAGACAGAUAAAACCGUGUCUACUUCGAGGUUUGAAUUUUAAAGUGUGCAACUGAGCGAUGAAUUUUUUGUGGUCAAGUGAUUUCAGAUCAGCAGCGCAACAGUUUUACGAUGCGACUUUCAGUUACCAUUUUCGGAGAGUCCUACAAUCAUUAAAAAACGGUAGAGAAAUGUUUCAAAUUUUUAGUGUGAACGAGUUCAGCUCGUCACGUGUUAGGAAAAUAUAUUUGUGUUCUGUAAUGGCUGGGAUGUAGAGAACGAUAGUGCGAGAAGAGGUAAACCGAUAAUGCAUGCUAGUGAUUUGUUCAUUCCGAUUGGAGCCAAAAGUGUUAAAGUGAGAGAAUUAGAGGCAGAUUUGAUAGGCACAUUGUAAUCCACUGUUCAUGUUCAAGUUUGACGUAAGCGAAUACAAUAAACUCUAUGAUAAGAAGGCACACAAACACACAUCAACGCGGAACAAACUGUAAAAUCUAGAAAGGGUAAAGCGCAAGUGUGAGUGUGAAAGGCAAACGUUAUAGGCGAUUAGGUUACUGUUUUUUUGUUUUGUAUUUUUUUCAGAACUAGGUUUAUGAGUUUACGAACAAAGACAGUGAAAGAAAUGGCAAAUCUGGAAAAUCAAAACAAACUGUUAAUAUUAGCCGUUAGGAAAAGUUGAUCUUUUAAAAAUUUAUAUCAAGUAUUUAACAAGAAAUGAAAAAAAAAGUUUACGAAGCUCAA